UGUUUUUUAAGGACUUCCUACCCACCCCACCUCCCCUAAAUCCUUACCUCCUUCCCAGACCCACAUCAGAGCGCUCCACAGAGUCCUCUUUGAGCCUCAAGUGACCCCAAGCCUGAGCUCCCUGCUGGGCGAGGUCUCCCUCCAGGGCCCACCCUCCAAAGGGAGCGCUUCCCCUAGGCUGGUCCUUACCGGAGCAGCGAGCGCAGAAACCUAGCUGUCUCCCCUGGGGUGUGAUAUUGCUCUCCCCUUUCUAUACCCCCACACCCCUCACCUCCGUCCCCUUCUAGUUGUUGGGGUUUCGGAGCAUCAUUUUCAUGUGAUUGUUUUUUUCCUUUUUCCUUUUGUUUUCCUUCCUUCCUUUCUUUCUUUCUUUCUUUCUUUCUUUCUUUCUUUCUUUCUUUCUUUCUUUCUUCCUUUCUUUCUUUUUUCAUGGACAGUACCUGCACCCCUUAGCACUUCGGAAUUGGCUUCGGUUUUCCCUUAGCGCUUCGCUGCACGGGCACAUGCAAACAAAUGCAUUUAGGAGCCCACAGGACAAGACGUGGAAAGGUCCCCCACACAGCAAAAACGAAACUGCUUCUUAUUUUUGUGUUAUGUGUGGCAGGGGAUACAAUUUAUGCACAAGGACAAGGCAUAGAUAUUCUUCACCAACUAGGCCUUGGAGACAAAGAUGUAAGACACUCGUCAGUGCCUGCUGUGCCAUCAUCAUCUAGGCCACCAAUAUCUCAGGGUAUCACUUUAUCUGAGUCAGGUGUAAUUUUAACAGAUAAUGCUUAUAUUGAGUCACCUCUGAGGGAAAUCUUACCAGUCAACGUUGGACACCCACUGACAGUAUUAAUUAGCUUACAGUCACAUAGACUAAACAAUGCCUUUCUCUUCAGCAUCAGAAAUAAAAGUAGACUGCAACUAGGAGUACAGUUAUUACCCAGAAAGUUAGUGGUGUAUCUUGGAGGAAAACAGUCUGUAGCUUUCAACUACAGUGUUCAUGAUGAGCAAUGGCACUCAUUCGCUAUCACUAUUAGUAACCACAGUGUCUCAAUGUUUGUGGAAUGUGGAAAUCAUCACUUUAGUAAAGAGACUUUGUCAGAUGUUCAGACAUUUGAUCCCGACAGUGUCUUUACAUUGGGAAGUAUGAAUAAUAAUUCUGUCCAUUUUGAAGGGAUAAUAUGUCAGCUUGACAUUAUUCUUUCUGCGGAAGUAUUUUCAAAUUAUUGCAGAUAUAUGAAACAGCAUUGUCUUCGUGAGACAAGCUUUCUUCAAAAAACAGAAUUACCAGCUAAACUAUCUGAAAAUCCUACCUUACCCAAGCAGUUUUCCAGAAAAGUACUAUUAGAGGGCAAAUUAACAGAAGAGAGAAGUACUCCCAAAAAUGAUUCUACAACAUUGCUUAAACAACAUCAACAAAUAUCAAGAUCUCAGCUAAUUUAUCUUUAUUCGGGGAAUGUCUCUGCUGAGGAUGUUGUGAUCUAUGGCUCUGAGGCCAAAGAAAUGACCACUGAAGAACAUACUCAGACAAAUUUAAGCCUGUCAGUGACCCAGUAUCACCUCAGUGAGACAAAAACAAAUAGUGAGGAGAAAUUUAGCUCUCUGCUAAAUGUAUUAGACAAUAUUACACAACAUAAUGAUAGAGAAACUAGUCUGUCACCAUUUAAGAAGACUUCAUCUAUUCCUCCACACAUAAAGCAAGAUGCAAUUACCAACUUCAAGAGAGCUAUCACUGCAAAUCCGCACAUGAAUGAACACAUAGAGACGUGGCAGAAAUUAAACAUAAGUUUAUACAGAGUGACGGAUGAGCCAGCCAUGUACAAUCAACUUGAUGUAAGAGGUGAAGGUGAAUUCGAUCUCGAUGCCAUUUAUCCAAUUGAAAAUAGCUAUGAAACCGAACUUUACGACUAUUAUUACUAUGAGGAUCUGAAAACAAUGCUUGAAAUGGAGAAUCUGAAUGGGCUAAAAGGGGACACUGGACCUCCUGGUCCACCUGGUCCAGCAGGUAUCCCAGGUCCUCCUGGAAAGAGAGGUCCACGGGGCCUACCAGGACCACAUGGAAAUCCUGGAUUACCUGGAUUACCAGGUGCAAAGGGUCACAAAGGAGAUCCAGGAUUUUCCCCAGGGCAAGCUAUUUCUGGAGAAAAGGGUGAUCAAGGUUUUGCUGGAAUAAUAGGCCCUCCUGGUGUGCCAGGUCAUAAGGGUCUCAAAGGACAUCAGGGACUUCCAGGACUCCGGGGUGAACAAGGUAUUCCAGGACUAGCUGGUAAUAGUGGUUCACCUGGUUACCCUGGCAGGCAGGGUUUAGCUGGACCACAGGGAAAUCCCGGUUCUAAAGGUGUACGAGGUUUCAUUGGUUCUCCUGGAGAAGCAGGACAACUGGGAACUGAAGGAGAAAGAGGUGUCCCUGGGGUCCGUGGAAAGAAGGGUCUUAAGGGAACACAGGGCUUUCCAGGUGACUUUGGAGAAAGAGGCUCCGCUGGUCUUGAUGGCAGUCCUGGACUUGUAGGGAGCAUUGGUCCUCCUGGGUUUCCUGGAAUUAGAGGCGCUAUUGGCCCUGCAGGACCGAUUGGACCCUCUGGAAUUCCUGGCCCAGUGGGUCUUUCAGGAAAUAAAGGCCUACCUGGAAUCAAAGGUGAUAAGGGUGAGCAGGGCAUUGCAGGAGAAAUAGGAGAAUCAGGGUUUCCUGGAGACAAGGGUGCUAUUGGUUUUCCAGGACCACCAGGAAUGAGGGGAAAGCCAGGACAUUCAGGUCAAGCAGGUGACCCAGGACCCCCAGGACCAUCUGGCCCUCCAGGACCAGAGGGUUUUCCAGGAGAUAUUGGGAUUCCUGGACAAAAUGGACCUGAAGGAUCAAAGGGACACCUUGGAAACAGAGGGCCUCCUGGACCUCCUGGCCUUAAAGGAGCUCAGGGAGAAGAAGGACCAAUUGGACCAUUUGGAGAACUGGGGCCAAGAGGAAAACCAGGUCAAAAGGGAAAUGCAGGAGAUCCAGGACCAGAAGGCUUAAAGGGAGAAGUUGGAGAUCUAGGAAGCACUGGAAAGAUUGGUGAAACAGGUCCUGUGGGUUCACCUGGAGAAGCUGGGAUGACUGGAAGCAUUGGUGAGAAGGGAGACCGUGGAAGUCCAGGUCCAGUAGGGCCCCAGGGGGAAAAGGGUGCUAUGGGCUAUCCAGGUCACCCUGGGCUCCCAGGACCCACGGGCUUACUAGGAUUACCUGGUCACGUGGGAGAAAGAGGGCCACCUGGAAGUCAAGGUCCUAAAGGACGGAAAGGACCAAGAGGACUAGAUGGACUUCCAGGGGAACGAGGUAUACAAGGUGUCAAGGGCGAAAAAGGAGAUCAAGGAAAAAGAGGUCCUUCUGGUCUUACUGGAAAGACUGGAAGCCCUGGAGAGAGGGGAGCCCAAGGAAAAUCAGGAUUACAAGGACCCCCUGGCAGUACAGGAGACAGGGGAGUUGCAGGAGAACCAGGGCCACGAGGACUUCAAGGUGAUGCUGGGCUUCCUGGAGAAAUGGGUGCUGAGGGACCUUCAGGUAUGGAGGGAGAAUCUGGACUGCAAGGCGAGCCAGGGGCUAAGGGAGAUAUUGGACCAGCCGGCACUAUUGGUGUUACUGGGGAGGCAGGGCUGCGGGGUGAACCAGGAGCUCCUGGGGAAGAAGGUCUCCAAGGAAAAGAUGGAUUAAAGGGGACCCCAGGAGGAAGAGGACUGCCUGGAGAGGAUGGAGAUCAAGGAGAGACAGGCUCACCAGGGAUUCCAGGACCCAUAGGUAGACCAGGUCUGGUGGGUCCUCUGGGACUGGAAGGGAUUGUGGGAGUUCCAGGACAAAAAGGUCGUCCAGGAAAAAAGGGUGAUAAAGGACAAAUAGGACCCACAGGAGAAAUUGGAAGCAGAGGUGCUCCUGGACAAAUUGGAGAAAGUGGCCCUAAAGGUGCCAGAGGAACUAGAGGUGCUGUGGGACACCUAGGAUUGAUAGGACCUGAUGGGGAACCAGGAAUUCCAGGAUACAGGGGUCAUCAAGGUCAACCAGGACUUUCUGGGUUGCUUGGCCCUAAAGGAGAAAAGGGUUACCCAGGAGAAGAUAAUACAGUUCCAGGGCCACCUGGACCUCGAGGUGAACCAGGUCCAGUGGGGGAACAAGGAGAGAGAGGAGAUCCCGGAGAAGAGGGAUAUAAGGGCCAUGUGGGUCUACCAGGGUCAAGAGGUACCAUUGGCCAACAAGGAUCUCCAGGUGAUCCAGGUGAGCAGGGAGAACAAGGACUAAAAGGAGAAAGAGGAUCUGAAGGUCCUGUGGGGAAAAAAGGAACUCCUGGUCCUGCUGGGAAACGUGGGACUCCAGGCCCUCCAGGAUUACCUGGGCCAAAAGGCACACAAGGAUACCAUGGAACAUAUGGAAUUUCAGGAAAUCCUGGAAAAGCUGGGUUACCAGGAAAACAGGGACUUCCAGGUAUCAGAGGCAGCCCUGGAAGAACAGGACUGACUGGCUUUCCAGGUCCUAGAGGAGCAAAAGGUUCAUCAGGCCUGCCAGGAAACCCAGGAAUCCGAGGCCCAAAGGGUGAACAAGGGCUACUUGGACAGUCUGGAAUUCAAGGUAAAAGAGGUGACAGAGGAGUCCAAGGUGAUCAAGGAGCCCGUGGAGAGCCUGGCCUGAAAGGGCAGCCUGGGGAACAUGGUGCCCGGGGUUUGACAGGUUUCCAAGGAUUUCCAGGCCCCAAAGGUCCUGAUGGAGAUGCUGGCAUGGUUGGAAUAACAGGACCUAAAGGUCCUGCUGGACAAAGAGGAAACACUGGCCCCCUUGGCAGAGAAGGUAUAAUAGGGCCAACAGGUAGAACUGGACCAAGAGGUGAAAAGGGCUUUGAAGGUGAAACUGGUCCCCAAGGACCAAGAGGUCAGCCAGGACCUCCUGGACCACCUGGAGCGCCAGGUCCAAGAAGACAAAUGGACAUCAAUAGUGUUAUUCAAACCUUGAUUGAGUCACAUACUACCCAUCAGGUACAGAGUUACCAAAACACUGAAGUGUUAGUUGACCACAGUACAGAGAUAUUCAAAACACUGAACUACCUUAGCAAUUUAUUGCACAGCAUCAAGAAUCCCCUUGGCACACGAGAAAACCCAGCACGAAUCUGCAAAGAUUUGCUUAACUGUGAACACAAAGUAUCAGAUGGAAAAUACUGGAUUGAUCCAAAUCUUGGAUGCUCUUCAGAUGCCAUUGAGGUUUUCUGCAAUUUCAGUGCUGGUGGUCAGACCUGUUUAUCUCCUGUUUCUGUCACAAAGUUGGAGUUUGGAGUUGGGAAAGUCCAGAUGAACUUCCUUCAUUUAUUGAGCUCAGAAGCCACACACAUCAUCACCAUCCACUGUCUAAACACUCCAUUGUGGACAAGUGCUCAGACAAGUGACACAGGAACACCCAUUGGCUUCAAGGGAUGGAAUGGCCAGAUUUCUGAACAAAACACUCUACUUGGACCCAAAGUACUUUCAGAUGAUUGCAAGAUUCAAGAUGGCAGCUGGCAUAAGGCAAAAUUCCUUUUUCAUACCAAUGACCCUAAUCAACUACCCAUAAUUGAAAUACAGAAACUUCCUCAUCUCAGAGCUCAACAGAAGUACUACAUUGAAAGCAGCUCUGUGUGUUUUCUUUAAAAGGCUAUGAAUCAGUUCAGAGCUUAUUCCGUGGGCAGGUAAUUGCUGUCAACAAGAGGGAAAAUAUAUAGACAGAAAGAUUUUAUUGUUAUGGAUUAGAACAAAGGCUAAAUCUUUAAGAAUCUCAGGAAGAAAAGAUUUUCUCUGAAGAAGGAGAAAAGACAUUUUUUUAAAGGACUAUGAUUGAUAAAGUAUUUAAUUCUUUUUAAAAUGAUAUUGAUCUGAGCUUUUUUUCAGAGAAUUCCCUAGAUCUGGAGAUGUAUAAGCAUGGAAUUCUUCAGGUUAUGCUUAAUUUUUUUUUCACUGUCUGAGAGCAAAGUACUUUAGACAGCUGGAGAUGCAGAGCAUGGUGGAGCAAUACUGGUUAGUGCUGUCACAUGUGCAAUGCUUCUGUCUAAAAAUAACAAGCCACAAUCUGAUAUGUCUUAUUUUCCCAAAUACUAAGCUGUAUUUAAGACCCUAAUGGGCAUAUACAUCUUAGCUGGUGGUACACUACCUCUUAAAUGUUGCCUUUUUGUGUUGCUUGGUGCUCUUUCGAAAACAAGGUGCUUGUGACAUUGAUAAACCAUUUGAUUUCUUUUUUCAUCUUUGUCAUUCUUCAAGAGUGUAUGUACUGGUUACAUCAAGAUUUAUUUUGUUGUUAGUACUUAUUUUAAUCUGUUUGGUCACAUACUAAAUAGCAAGUAAAAUGUUAUUUAUGUGAAGUCCUUUUAUUUUAAAAUUCUCUUUGUGUAUAUGGAAUCGAAGUUGGCACAUUGUAACCUAUACUUAUGCACAACAGGUUUGAGAGAUUUCUUUUUAUGUUUUAUUUUUUAAAUUGUUGUAAAAAAAUUAUAGGCCAGCUACAUCUAGUAGUGGGCUUGGGUUAGAGGUUGGGGGUUGCAAUAUACUAUUUUUAAAAAUCCGUGAUCAUCUGGAAUGAUACUUUGUGUGUGUGUGUGUGUGUGUGUGUAAAUAUAUAUGUGUGUAAUUUGUAAAGUUUUAUUCUGCAAACCCUUUGAAAUUGCUGCUGUUUUAAAUUAUAAAAACCUUUGUAUUUCUGCUUCAUAAAAAUUACAUAAUAGCAAUCACUAAUUUUCUUUUAUUAUUCUUAGAUUUACUAUGUGGGGACCUAAAAUGUAUUCAACAUAGUCUUUAAAGAAACAUAUAGAAAAGAAAAAGAAAAGAAAAACAGUCUUUUCCUUUUUGAAGUAGCUCAGACAUUUCAAAGUUUUCUUGUUGCCAAGAAAUGUUAGUUUUAAGUUGUUUUUUUUUUAAAAAAAAAACACACAUAGUAUAACUUUUGGCAUAUAGAAAGCUUAUCUAUUACCCUCAGCAAACCAUGCUUACCAAGCAAUAAUAAAAAUGUGCCUUAUA